AGGCGCAGCGCGAUUGGCUGGCCGGGCUGGCGGCACGCGCCUUUGGGAAAGUUUGAGCGAGUUGGGGGCGAAGUUUGUUCGGGAGCUCGGUGGGGUCGUGAGCCAAAGCCCGGGCGCCGGGAGCGAUAGUAGCACGGUCGAAGGCAGUCGUCGCCUCACACGACACUGGGGCACUCUGCGACUGGCUUUACACACGUGUAAAACCAACAACGCAGCCCAAUCUAAAUCAGAGACUUUUUUUUAAAAAAUAACAUUUUUGAAGGAGAGUGAUUUUGCGGAGAAAGUUAACAGAUCGGCACAUCUGCGGGCUCCGCGACGUUACAUGAAGGCUGCUUUGUCUGUGCUGUCAAAACCCAGACGCCAAAUGUGCUGCGAGUGUGAAUAAGGGGGUGGGGGAUCAACAGCAGUUUGCAGGGUUGCAGGGAAAGAAACAAAAAGAGUAGACAAGGUCGACACAAAGCCGGGCGGCCGACAGAAGCCGAGGGAGGGCGAGGAAGAUGGAGAAAGUGCAGAAGAGAAGUGCGGCGCGCCGGAGUUUGUUGCUGCUUCUUGCGCUGGCCAGCUGGACGUGUCAGGAGGUGGCGGGCAUUACGGUGAGGUACGAGGUGGACGAGGAGCAGCCCGUCGGCACGGUGAUCGGCAGACUUUCGGAAACUUUAGCCGACAAGUUGAACCCUUCGUCCAAGCGUUUCCGAGUGAUGCAGAGGGUGAACUCGUCGCUGCUGGCCGUGCGGGAGGAAGACGGGCGGGUGAGCGUCGCCGAGCGCAUCGACCGGGAGCAGCUUUGCAAGCCCACGGCCGCCUGCACCAUCAGCUUCGACGUUAUCACCCUGCCCACCGAACAUCUGCAGCUGCUCCAGGUCGAGGUGGCGGUGCUGGACAUCAACGACAACGCGCCUCAGUUCCCCCGCUCGGUCAUCCCCGUGGAGAUCUUCGAGAGCGCCUCGGUGGGAGCCCGCUUCCCCCUCGACAGCGCCGUGGACCCCGACGUCGGGAACAACUCGCUGUACACUUACUCGCUCACCCCCAACGAGCACUUCGCGCUGGAGGUCCGCACCAGGACGGACGGCGCCAAGUACGCCGACCUGAUGGUGAUUCGGGAGCUGGACAGGGAGAAGCAGGCCGGCUAUGAACUGCGCCUGAUCGCCUCCGACCGUGGGGUGCCUCCCAAAUCGGGAUCCUCCCUUGUGAAGAUCAGCAUCGCCGACUCGAACGACAACAGCCCGGUUUUUGAUCAAGCCUCCUACACCAUCGAGCUGCCAGAAAACUCGCCCCGGGGCUCGCUGCUCGUUGACCUGAAUGCAACUGACCCGGACGAAGGGAGUAAUGGAAAAGUCAUCUACUCCUUCAGCAGCCACGUGUCCCCUCAGGUUAUGGAGACCUUCUACUUGGACGCCGACACCGGUCACUUGGUCCUUCUCAAGCCAGUGGACUACGAGGUCAGCCAGAGCUACGAGAUCGAUGCCCAAGCACAAGACCUGGGCCCUAACUCCAUCCCGGCCCACUGCAAGAUCGUCAUCAAGGUCGUAGACAUGAACGACAAUCCCCCGGAGAUUGCCAUCACCCUGAUGCCUUUGGGUAACGACGUGGCUUGUGUGUCCGAGGGAGCACCCAAGGAGACCUUAAUCGCCGUGGUCCGGGUCGAGGACAUAGACUCAGGGGUGAACGGGCAAGUGGGGUGCAGACUGCAGGGACAUGGGCACUUCAAACUUCAACAGACCAACGAAAAAAACUACAUGAUCCAGACCAACGAGACUCUGGAUAGGGAGAAAAUUGCUCAGUACAAGCUGAAAGUCAUCGCCGAAGACAAGGGCACCCCAAGCUUCACCACCAUCCAAUACGUGACCGUCCAGAUAACCGAUGUAAAUGACAAUGCACCCCAAUUCCAAAAGAGUAAAUACGAAUUGAUGCUUGAUGAAAACAACUUACCGGGCGCCUUCAUCACCUUAAUGACAGCCACGGAUCUGGACUCUGCUGAGAAUGGUCAGGUUACCUAUACUAUUCCAGAGUCCUAUAUCUCUGGAAGUUCCAUCACUACUUACCUUACUAUUGAGCCAUCUACUGGGGCAAUUUAUGCACUUAGGACCUUUGAUCGUGAAGAAAUUAGCAAAAUUUCAUUCACAGUUCAGGCCCGGGAUGGAGGGACCCCUCAACUCAGCACCAACACAACAGUCAUUUUGACUAUUCUUGACCAUAAUGACAAUGCACCAACUAUUUUAAAGCCUGUUUUACGCAAUGGCACAGCAGAGAUUCCAAUUCCUAGUGAUGUUAGACCCAAUUAUAUGGUGACCACCAUUGCAGCAAUUGAUAAUGACUAUGGCAUCAAUGCAGAACUUACUUGCACACUUCUUGAUGGUAAUCAAAAGGGAAUGUUCACUUUGGAUCCAAGAACUUGCGACAUUUACACAAAUGAUAGUGUGGUCUUUGCUCAAGAGAAAAGCUGGAAUCUCAUUGUAGCAGUGCAAGAUAAAGGAACCCCAAGACUCAGUGCAGUGGCUGCCUUGAAAAUUGUGUUGACUGAACCAAGAAAAGAAAAUUACCAUGAUGAAAAAAAUAGUUUAGAUGACUCCAUGAUCAUCAUCAUAUCAUUGGGUGUAAUCUGUGCUGUUUUGCUCAUUAUCAUGGCUAUGUUUGCCACAAGAUGCAAUCGGGAAAAAAAGGACACCAGAUCUUACAACUGUCGAGUGGCGGAAUCCACUUAUCAGCAUCAUCCCAAAAGACCAUCCAGGCAGAUUCACAAAGGAGACAUCACUCUGGUACAUACUGCUACAGGCACACUGCCCAUCAGAUCCCAACACAGAGCUUCUCCUUCCUCCUCCCCGACCCUUUCAGGAAUGGACCGGGGUCAGAUGUGCAGCAGACAAACUAACCAUAGCCGCCAGUCUCUUAACAGUUUGGUGACGUUAUCCUCCAACCAUUUGCCUGAGAACUUUUCAUUGGAGCUCACACACACUUCCCCACCUGUUGAGCAAGUUUCCCAACUGUUGAGCAUGCUGCAUCAAGGUCAAUAUCAGCCAAGACCAAACUUUCGAGGAAAUAAGUAUUCUAGAAGCUACAGAUAUGCUCUUCAAGAUAUGGACAAAUUCAGUCUGAAAGAUAGUGGUAGAGGUGACAGUGAAGCAGGAGAUAGUGACUAUGACUUGGGAAGAGAUUCUCCCAUUGACAGACUGCUGGGUGAAGGUUUCAGUGAUCUUUUUGUAACUGACAAUCAUCGGUUUCAUCCAGCAAUGAAGCUGUGCACAGAUGAAUGCAAAGUCCUGGGGCACUCCGAUCAAUGCUGGAUGCCUCCCUUAUCUUCAGGAGUUUCUGCUGAUUACAGAAACAACAUGUUUAUUCCUGGUGAGGAUGCUCAGCAGCCACAGGAAGAAGAUUGUGACUCUUCAGAUUCCAAUGAGAAGAAAAAAAGCUUUUUGACCUUUGGAAAAGAGUCCCAGAAUGAGGAGGCAGAGGACCUGGGAACCUCCUCUCUCCUGUCAGAAAUGAACAGUGUUUUCCAACGAUUACUGCCUCCACAAAUGGACAUGUACAAAGAAUGCAAUGAGAUUGGCAGUGGAAAUUCUUUGGAAAAUAAAAAAGGACACUUGGCCUUAAAGCCACUUCCCUAUCCACAGGGGGUAGCAGCUUGGGCUGCAAGCACUCAUUUCCAGAAUCCAGUGAACAGUGUUGGUCUAGCUCCUGUAAAUCAUAUAAACCCACAACCUCUUUCUAAGUGGUUGCCUGCCAUGGAGGAAAUCCCAGAGAAUUAUGAAGAAGAUGAAUUUGAUAAUGUUCUUAGUCAGCUUGCUCCUUGUAAGCGUGAGAGUAAACAUGAACUCAUUGAUGCCAGUGAACUUGUAGCAGAAAUUAACAAACUUUUACAAGACGUCCGUCAAAGCUAAAAAUGGUUGUGUAUUUGGUUAUUCUCUUCCUUGUUUUGGAACCUGGAAGUGUCAUUGCCAGCCAUUUGCAUCUAUUGAGUAAAUGUGUCUAUGACUUUGAAUACAGUUAUAUUUUCACAUUAAGUAUACCAAUUUAAGUGUAAUUAUGUUCGUAUUUUAAAAAUACAUUUUGUAUUCUAUUUAUAUAUUUUUCAAAUAAAACUUAUUUUUAUAUUCUACUUCCUGUACUUCCAUGACAAAAAAUGAUUUUCAGAGGAUCACCUUGGUGAAACAAAUUAUUUUGUGAAUAUUAAUUGAGACCAAUAAUGACAUAUUUCAA